AUGGUUCAACAUCUGACCAUCGGUCUCUCACAGUCGCAUACUCUCUCCUCGUUGAGCUCGACACUUUCGGCGCUCGAGGAGACCACGAAGCACGCGGCAGAAAAAGGGGUGUCAAUUCUUCUUUUCCCGGAGGCAUACCUAGGUGGCUACCCACGAACCUGCUCGUUUGGGACUUCUGUGGGCUCACGCUCCGACAGCGGUCGUGAACAAUUCCUCGCAUAUUUCAAAUCUGCCGUUGACCUCGGCGACACACCUGAGGGCGCAGGCGACGAUUGGAUCGAGAAUAAGCUCCCUACCAACAAGGACACCGACCGACGUGGCGAUGGCACGCGCGAAUUUCUCGAGAAGGUCGCUCGUGAAACCGGUGUCUUUGUUGUCACCGGUGUCGUGGAAAAGGCCGGCGGAAGCUUAUACUGCACAGCGGUUUACGUCGAUCCGCGACGUGGUGUCAUUGGCAAGAGGCGGAAGAUGAUGCCAACAGGGUCAGAGCGUCUUGUCUGGGCCCAGGGUUCCUCAUCGACGUUGAGAGUCGUUGCCACGACGAUUAAAGAUGUUAAGGUAGUCAUGGGCUGCGCUGUCUGCUGGGAGAAUUAUAUGCCCUUGUUGCGGUACAGUCUUUACAGUCAGGGCGUGAAUCUGUGGUUGGCACCAACGGCUGACGCACGCGACACUUGGGAGCCGUUGAUGCGUACUAUAGCUUGCGAAGGUCGUUGUUUCGUGCUCAGUGCUAACCAGUGUGUCAAGAAGAAAGAUCUUCCCAGCUGGAUUGUCCCCUCAAGGACAGACGCUGAAGGUCAUGAGGAAACAUCGAUUGAUGAGUUACACCAUUCGAAAGGUUCUUGCCUAGUCGGCUGCGAUGACCACUUCGUAUCUCUGGGCGGCUCUUGUAUUGUCGGUCCCCAGGGAAGGACGCUCGCUGGACCGAGUUGGGGACGAGACAAUGACCUAUUGUACAUCGAGGUGGACUUUGAGGAUUGUCAACGAGGGCGGCUCGACUUUGAUGCUGUAGGUCAUUAUUCAAGGUCGGACGCAUUCAAGCUUACGGUCCAGGGUCUGGAGCUCAAUCCGCCACCCUGA